AUGUCUUCAGACGUGGUAUCAAUUGAGAGACUGAACCGUUCAAUUGGUGGCCAAACGUCGGUGACAACAGCGGGUCUCAACUGUUUCGGUGACUCGCAAUCGAUGGACGCGAUCGCCAACGAGAUGAUGAACUCGAGUUCGUUCGACAUCGCGAACUCAAUGAUCAAUUCAGACAUCGCGGACACCAUUCAAUUGACAGCAGUCGAGACCAACGCCGAGGCCUACCAUCAAGACAUGCAUUCGGCGGCCAUUGAGUACUCGCUGUCCGCCAAUAGGCUUGUGGUGACUGUCGAGGACUGCAGUGACGAGAGUUUCGCCGAAUUAGUACAACACGUGAGCAACGGUUCCAAUGGUCUGAGCGACGGAACUGUNAGACCUACGACACGGCCAAGAAGUCGGCCGAUAGCGGGAAUUACGGGGGAAGCACUUGGAAUGGAUGAUGAUGGGAGUAGUGGUGGGGCCCUAAUGGCUAACAGGGCUGUUGCACUGCCACCCCCUCCACAAAUGGAGGCAAUGACAAUGUCUUUAGAUAGCACCGAUGAUUAUGAUUAUGACGAGGAAAUUAAUGAAGAAUACGUUUCCGUUGAUUCCGCUUCAGAUGACUCCGAUUCUAGUAAAGAAUCCGCUUCUGAGCCACUGCCCGACCCGUCCGCUCCCAUUGACACCAUUAAGUCAGUGACUUUAACGAUGUCUUCAGACGUGGUAUCAAUUGAGAGACUGAACCGUUCAAUUGGUGGCCAAACGUCGGUGACAACAGCGGGUCUCAACUGUUUCGGUGACUCGCAAUCGAUGGACGCGAUCGCCAACGAGAUGAUGAACUCGAGUUCGUUCGACAUCGCGAACUCAAUGAUCAAUUCAGACAUCGCGGACACCAUUCAAUUGACAGCAGUCGAGACCAACGCCGAGGCCUACCAUCAAGACAUGCAUUCGGCGGCCAUUGAGUACUCGCUGUCCGCCAAUAGGCUUGUGGUGACUGUCGAGGACUGCAGUGACGAGAGUUUCGCCGAAUUAGUACAACACGUGAGCAACGGUUCCAAUGGUCUGAGCGACGGAACUGUGGGUUCGGUGUCGACCCGAUUGAGGCGCCGAAAAGCCACUCAACCACAGAGACUGAUCUAUUGUGACCUCGACUUUGCUAUUAGUGACGAACAAAAUGGCAAACAAACGACUGAUCCAACCGGUGAUGUCAUUAAUGAACUGCACACUAAUGACAACAAUUGUGAACAGAAUGGUUACACAAUCGACGAAAUGGUUUUAACAGAUUUAGACACUUCUGGACAUAAAGUGGAAGAAGAAGAGGAGGAGGAAGAAGAAGAAGAAAUAGACGAAGAAGAAGAGACAGUGGAAGAGGAAUACACGGAAACAACAACUGAAGAUAAUGAAACUAAACCACAAAAAAAGAAUACGAAAGGCUUUGAGUGCGAGAUCUGUGGCUCUCUUUGGAACAGCAAAACCCGACUCCGGAGUCAUUACAGAACUCACGGCGCGUCCAAACACUUGAAGUGCGAUAUCUGUGGCAAACUCUUCGGUUGGGAGUACUCGUGGAAGACUCAUAUGUUGGCGCACAGGGAUGACAAUCCCAACCGGUGUCCGCAUUGCGGCCUCAAACUGUUCAAUAAGUCUGCGUUGACUAAUCACGUAAAGCGGAUCCACGAGAACCCGGAGCGACCGUUCAAGUGCUCGGUGUGUGACAAGCGUUUCAUCUCCCGGAGCGAACUCAACCAACACUCGCACGUCCACAACGAGGACAAGCCGUUUAUGUGCGAACAGUGCGGCAAAACGUUUCGCAGCAAAUCCUAUUUGGAGCGCCACUACCGCACCCACACCGGAGUGAAGCCAUUCCGGUGCGAGUUCUGCGGCAAACUGUUGGCCGACAAGACCGGCUUCACGGCUCACGUGCGCUCACAUAUGGGCGACCGGCCCUUCGUGUGCGACGUGUGCGGCAAGAAGUACACAAUCAAACGCCACCUGACCUCACAUAUGAUGAUCCAUUCGGACGCCCGACCCUUCAAGUGCGAGGAGUGCGGCAAGACUUUCAGGUCGCGGACCAACGCCCGCAUGCAUAAGGACUCGCAUCUGGGCGUAAAGCGCUGGGAGUGUCGCUUCUGUAAGCGCCAGUUCCUAUCGCAGGGAAAUAUGGCUAAACACGUGCGAAGACAUAUCGGCGAUCGCAACCACAAGUGUCUCGUCUGCGGGAAGGCCUUCAUCGAGAAGCAGGAGCUCAAGAAUCACUCGAAAAUGCACGCAAACCAUGAGAAGCAGCUCAAGACGCCCGCCGACGACGCCAAUCGCAACACCAAUGAGACGGCGCCUCAGAUGCAAGCGUUGCCCACCAAUACCUCAUCCGCCACAACGACAAUCACCGCCACUACCAUUACGUCAGAUGUGUCCACCCAUUCCAACACAAGCGUUAAGAGUGAGAGCGAAAUGAAUGGGUUUAACGACUCGUUACUGAAUAAUAACCGGACGGACAGCGAAAUGAAUGCCGAUUUGAAUGGAGUGUUGAGUAGUGGCGGCGCCCACCAGACCCUCAUAUCCCUGUCCACACCACUCACCCUAAGUCUGCCGCCACUGACACACAGCCUAUGCCUUCAACCGUUGAACGCAAUCAAUAUGACACAAACCUAUGAGAGUGUUGACAACAAUGGGAAUACCGGUGCGGUUGAUGUGACGCCAACUGAGCUGUCAUUUUGUCACUUCACUCAACGACCCGACAAUAGCCGCAACUUUUACGCCAAUCACGGCCUCAAUGGGAACCGUUCGCCACCGCAGGACUCGGAGCACACAUUCUUCACCGCUAGUCAUACGACACAACCGGUUGUGUCGACGAUCACAACCCAAACCAAUCCAUAUCUGGUGACCACCACUGAUAGCCAUCACCAGACCUACAAUCACACCAUUCAUUGCAGUCUCUGUUCCCAUGUCUUCGCGACACUCAAUCAUUUGAGACAACACUUGAUUGACUUCCAUAGAGUGGAGUCCGAGAAAGUCAUUUCAAUGAUGUACUGAAUGGCCGCAGAAGUCGGUGCCCUCUCAGCACCUGUACUCACAUCUACUCACCCGUACUCUACUC